AUGCCCUGGCGUCACCCCACCCUCCGCGCCCAGCAGGUGGCGCCCAAGGGGUUCCCUGGCGAGGGGGCGCGCCGAAGGAGAGACCUGGGGCUGCCGGGGCCGCCGCCUCCGCGUGACCUCCGAUCCGUGCCUGGCGCGUGGAGAUCUCGGGGCUCGAGGGCCUCGAGGGGCAGCCCCGAGUGGUGGCCGGCCUCCAGUGGCGAGUCCUCGCACACAGAGCCAGGGGUGGAUGUCUGGCGUCCCGGGCUGCGCCUGCCCCCUCUGCCCGCCAUGAGCCCGCGGGCGGCGCGGAGCAGGACGGGGCUGAGGUCGCUGCUGCUGUCGCCCCCGCACCCCAGGCCUGAAGAGUGCGAGGACUCCUGGAGGGGCUCGGCCAGGAAGACCUCGGGCUCCUUGGGCUCCCUCAUAGGAGAGUUCCUCCCUCGAAAGUUCCGGGAGUUCCUGAGCCAGCUCGGUGCGGAGUGGGUUGAGCAGCCGCCGCCGCCGACAUCCUCAGAAGCGCCAUAUCCUCGGUGCGUGUCCGAGUGCUGGGGAGGGUACUCUCCUCCGAGCCCAGACUGCUCCUUCCUCCCAGACCUGCGGGGCCGGUCAUUGAACUUCCAGAAUAGUCUUAAGAAGAGUUCGCUUGAUCAGAUACCUACCCUGGGGCUGCUGAGGAGGGAUCGAGAAGCCACCAAGGUCAAAAAGGCCGACAGGCCCCACGGUCUCCAGGUGCCCAAGCUCAAGGCUGAGCUCACCCACAGCUCCUCGGAGGAAGGCUCCGGGCACCACAGGCGGUGCAGUCCCUUCCGAGUGCGGUUCGCUGACGAGACCGUAUGGGACACGGCGUUCCGCUACUGGGAGCGCAGCCGUGCACUCCAGCAGGGCAUCACCGGGACCAGGCCAGCCACCCCGUCGGAGGCGGCAUUGGAGCGUGCAUUUGGGAGCGUCGGGAGAUGGGUGGAGAGUUUGCCCAGUGGAGCCCUGGACUUCCAGGCCAAGGAGGAGGCCGCGGCCAGCUCCCUGUUCAGCUGGGACAGCCCCAGCCUGCCCAUCCCGGAGCUGGAAGACUACCUCUUUGAGGACACCUCUAUGAACAGCAGCCUGCCCUACAUCCCCAGGGCCAGCACCCAGCGGCAGCAGAGAGACCACAAAAGCUUUCUGGGUGCCCACAGCAUUCUCAACCCGGUGGGCAAACCGCCCUGCUCCUGGAGCCAGAAACUGGAGUCCUUCCUGCCCAGCCUGGAGCUGCACAGGUUCCUGAACCGAGGCCGCCCAAAGGGGUACCAGCUCCUGCUGCCCUCAGUGACACGGCAGCAGGCUCAGCGAUGAAAGGCUUCCGGAGCUGAGCCCGGGUGUGUACGCGUGCCGGGGGUGAGGACAGGCCGGCCUUAGCCCACAAAUAAAUGUGCAUCCCAGGUGCCUGGAACCUGU